AUUUUGUCAAAUAGAAUUUGAGUUGUGUGUUACCAAGUACAAUUACAUUAUUUUAUACGUAUUUUAUAUUGUUACUUAAUAUACCUAAACGUUAUUGGUGUUGUCACCUGCUGUUUUUUCUGAUUGGUCCAGUUACAGUAUCAUACACUAAAAGGUUAUGGGUAGAAAUAGUUCAGCAUUUAACAAUCAACGUUCAGAGUUUAUAUCGGAGUCUGACCAAGACCAUGACUCAAAAAGCGGCGGUUGUUUUGUAUCAACAAAAAAAGCCGUAGUGUUAGCCGUACUCGCAAUCCUUUGUUUGGGGGCUGUUGGUGCUACAAUAUACUUUUACGGUCACAAAAUUGACAAGCAAUCGCAAAACGAAAACAACACAAACGACUUAGAAGCUCUGUUGAAUGAUACUCUAAACAACCAAACCUUUGAAGACUUUCGAUUGCCGCUUGACAUUUUCCCGCUCCACUAUCGCCUUCGAAUUCAUCCUCUUUUGGAUGAAUCCAGUUCGGAUAACUUCACAUUUACUGGCGAAGUGACUAUAUUGAUGCAUUGCUCGGAAUCAACAAAAGCAAUUAUUCUGCAUGCAGAUCAGCUGAACAUUUUGCAAGAUCAGGUUGAAGUAUCUACUACAAAAGAUGUAUCAGAAGAGUUUUUUCCUGAAAUUGUUAACCUAACGAGGGACGAAGAUGACAUUGUUGAUUCACAAUCGCAAAGUUACUCAACAGACGAUCCACCCUCUGAAUCGUUAAAUAAGGAUAGUGCAUUUCUUAUUUAUCAUCAACCGGAGGUUAUUUACUUGGAUCUUGAAAAAAUCGAAGAAAUCACAAAUAUGUCUAGAUACAUUAUUCAUUUGAAGGAUAAACUGCAAGCUGGCGAGAACUAUACUGUUAAUUUGCAAUUUUCUGGAACUGUAUCCAACAAUCUUCUAGGUCUGUAUAGAACCAAAUAUUUAAGCCCAGAUGGAGCCACCAGGUGGAUUUUGAACACUCAUUUCCAACCGAUAUUUGCUCGGAUGGUGUUUCCAUGUUUUGACGAACCAUCGUUUAAGGCAUCCUUUGAAAUUAGUGUAGCAAGAAAGACAAAUAUGAGUUCUCUGUCCAAUAUGCCUCUUAAGGAAUCCGAAGAGAUGCCUAACCAAUCUGGAUGGGUGUGGGACCAUUUCGAUACGUCACCGCCCAUGUCACCUCACCUGGUGGCAUUUACCAUAUUUGACUUUGGGUACGUUAAAGUAAACGCGAGUGAAUUGGGCACAGUGUUAAAAAUUUGGGCACCGAAUCACUUGCUCGCCGAGGCAAACUACGCUGCGGAUAUUAGCCCAAACAUAUUGAGCUACUUACAAACUUACUUUGGAGUGAAGUUCCCUUUGCCAAAAUUAGAUAUGGUGGCCGUGCCUGAACUAUAUCAAACUGCAAUGGAGAACUGGGGUUUAAUUAGGUUCAGGGACGACGCACUUUUACUACACCCGAGCACAAUCAGUUGGGAUACGAAAAAUCAUAUAUUCAGAACCAUGAUAAAUAAGUUCGCCAAGCAAUGGAUUGGGAACUUAGUCACUAUGAAUUGGUGGUCGGAGAUAUGGCUGAGUGAGGGGUUUUCCGCUUAUUUAGAAGACGUUGUUCAAAAUGCGAUAGACCCAACGUUGAAAGAUCUGGACAUUUAUUCUCUAAAAAUUGCACAGACUAGUCUUGACUCUGAUAAAUUAAAAUCGGUGCAAAGUUUGCAGAUCCCUAUUAAAGAGCCAACUCAGAUCGAACAACUUUUUGAUGAUGUCGCGUAUAAUAAAGGAAGUUGCUUGUUGAGAAUGUUAAAUUGGACAAUAACUGAAGAAGAAUUCAAAAAAGGAAUUAAAAAUUAUUUAACAAAAUGGAAGUACAAAUGCAGCACAAUUGAAGACUUUUGGAAUUCUUUCACGAAUGUCGAUAAGUUCUUACCGAAUGGCGUGUCCCUAAAAGAAUUUAUGGAUUCUUGGAUUACGCAAGAUGGAUAUCCUGUUCUAACGGUACGGCGUGACUAUGAACAUGGGUCAGCUAGUAUCACUCAAAGAGGAUUUAUUAACUCACACAGCGCGGAUCACUAUUUGUGGUACAUACCUCUCACUUAUUUAAAGGAAGCUGAACAUACACCACUGAAAACAACGUGGAUGAUUAAUCAGAGAUUAAUUACGAUAAGUAAUUUCACAAAUCCUGGUUCAAAACAAUGGUCCAUUUUUAAUGUGGAAGGAACCGGGUUGUAUAGAGUAAAUUACGAUGAUACAAACUGGAACUUACUUAAACAUCAACUAAUGAAGGAUGCUUCUAAAAUAUCUUCAACCGAUCGUGGACAGCUUUUAAAUGACGCCUUUGAGUUGGCAAACUUUAAUUUGCUCAAUUAUAGUUCUGCUUUUGAAAUAACCAAAUACAUGAAGCAUAGAGAACACAACUACAUUCCAUGGAAUGCAUUAUUCAACAGCUUAAAGCAACUAAAUUACAUUAUUCGAACGACGCAAUACCGUGGGAUUUUUGAGAACUAUAUUAUAAAUCUCAUAACACCGACGUAUAUUAGGCUGGGAAAUGUAGCCAAAGUAAACGAGUCGCUAAGUGACAAACUGUUAAGGACGUUUAUUCUUUCUAAACUUUGUACGUGUAAUUAUGAGCCCUGUCUGGAAUGGUCAAGGAUGAAGUAUAAAGAAUGGAUGGACUCAAAAAAUCCAGACGUUAACAUUCCGAUUGCUUACGACUUCCGUAAAAUUGCUUCAUGUACCGCUAUAAAAAUGGGAGGUCGAAAAGAAUGGUUCUUCUUAUGGCGAAGAACUUUAUAUCCCUCAAGAUCCACUGCUAAUUUAAAAAUAUUUUAUUCAUCACUGGGAUGCACCCGGGAACCGUGGUUGAUAAACAAUUACUUAGAAAAUGCCAUUAAUGGUACUAUUCCGCUUCAAUACUCAAUCGAUGUUUGGAAGUCGCUUACAAAUAAUCCUGUCGCUUUGAAUUUUGGAUUUGCAUUUUUGAGGAGCAAUUGGGAGCGAAUAAAUAAAAAUUACCAACAUAUUUUUAUCAAUCUAAAUAUUAUUUUUGAAGAAUUCCUGUCCAAGCUUUCGACAAAUAUCGACUUGGAGGAUCUCACCAAUUUCUACAAAGAUAAUGAAAAGACGCUAACAUCAGUAUCAUCUUUAAUGUUGGAUAUUGUUGAAAAAAUUAAGUCGCGUGUUUCUUGGAAGAACACAAAUUUGGAUGUCGUAAUAAAAUGGAUAGAAGAAAAUUCUGAUCAAAAUCACAAAUCUUCGAAAGAUUUAUAACAAAAUAGUAUUAUAUUAUUUUAAUUAUAUAUUAUUAUUUUAUUAUAUAGCUUAGACAUGUUAUUGCAUCAGUAUUUCCAGUUGAAUAUAAUUGUACUUAAUUA